AUGGGCAGUCAACAAAGUGUGCCGGAAGGCGAAGAUGGCGACGUCAGAAGCAGAUCAGCCUCGCCCUUGGUCCAGGGUGACAACAACAACAACAACAACAACAACAACCACCACUGGGGCAAAUACGAAAAUAACGAGAGCUACGAUGCCAUUCCCGACGUCCCCUACGGCCAGCGGUUCGAUAACGACGAGCAACCACAAUCACCUGUCGCGCCUCCCUCUGGCGAGCGCAAGAAAAAGAAGAAAAAGAAGAAGAGCAAGGACCGACGCUCGUCCUCCCCUUCUGCUGCUGAGCCCGAGCUGAACGGCGAUUCUCACCACCACCGAGACUCGACAAUCGCAGACCCCGAACUCGCCACGAUCGAGGAACAGGAGCCUCAAACAGAGGAGCCCAAGAAGAAGAAAAAGAAAAAGAGAAAGUCCAAGCCUGAACCUGAACCCCAGCUCGAAGAGGAAGAACAACAACAAGCCGAGCCCGACCACGAGUCACCCCACCUCAAGUUCGAACGCCCUGAAGUCGCCGAACCCGAACCACAUGCACAGGGAUCUGCCAAGUUCAAGAAGAAGAGCCGCAAGUCCAAGAAGGUCACUGUCGACAUCUCAGGUGACCUCAUUAGCGAUGGCGAGGACAGUGUCGAGCGAACCACAAAGAUUCACAGAGGCGAGGCUCCCAGUUCCGAGCACCAUGUCAAGAGGCGAAGACUGUCACCCGAACCUGUUGCCGAAGAGGACGACGAGUACGACCAUGGGGAGGCUGAUGCUUCGUUCGUCAAGAGAGAACCCGGAGCCGACGAGCAUGAGCCAAGCAUGGUUGGUGGUCAUGAACACACAUCACCCCUUGUGGCCCGUGAGCGACGAAGGGCUCGCUCUGCUUCGCAACAUCCUGUCGAGGUCGCUUCAAGCGCUUCUCUCGUACCACAAUUUGCUACCCAGCAGUCAUUAAGCUUCUACGAUGAAAGCUUCAACAGCACCCGCAUUCCUGCUUCGGUCAUUCGGCCAAUGGACUUGGGCGACGAGAUCGAUGGCCUUCCCAACACCCAGGGUUUCGCCGAUGGUUUGCCCCCAAGCUCUCAAGGGCAGUUCGAGGGCUUUGCUCACAGCUCCCAGCGACCUCGUACCGACGGCCUCCCAGCUGUCAACAGCAGGAUGUGGGAAGUCAACAUGCGCGAUGGUGUCAUGGACGAUGACGAGCCAGAGUAUGGUCAUGCCAACGAGGCAUACAUGCCUGAUGCGGACGAGAACGAGGCGGAUAAAGCUGACGGGGAGACUGCUUCUUCUGCUGGAGAUCCUGAACCUGACAACCACUCUGAUCACGAAAUGGAUAUCGACCAACCAGUGGCCAACAACGAAGAACCAAGUAUGGAAGUCGAUGCCGCUGCCGAGGUCGAAGACGCCCAAGAGUCUGCCCCUGAGGUAUCGGUCACCCAGACUCCUGCUCCCAAGGCUCGCAAGUCUCGCACCAAGAAAGCACCAGCUCAACCCCACGCCGAGCCUGAACAAGUCGAGCAAACCGAGGCAGCCACUCCUGCGCCGACAUCUACAACCAAGACGCCGCGCUCCAAGGGCUCGAAGCGAAAGGUGAAGGUCCCGUACUUUGAACGUGAGGAGGUUGUCGAAACACGCGAUAACGCCGAGAAGUCUGCUGAGCCUUCCGUCAAGGAAGUUGCUGCCACCCAAAAGGAGCAAAAGCGGGAGAAGAAGCGUAAAGCACCGGCUGAGGACGAACAGGGCACUGCCAACGUCGAGCCAGCGCCUAAGAAGGCCAAGGUCAGCACAAAGAAGAAGCAGCCAGCUAAGAAAGCCGAUUCCGAAGAAGACAACUCUGAGAUGGAGGAAGCUGGCGAUAACUCCAAGACGGCCAAGGCACAGGGUCGCAUGACGAAGACCGAACAUGCUCGCAUAAAGUCGGUUAUCGACUCUUUCAGAGAGGCCAAUGGACUCACCAAGCAUGCGGUCAACGAGAUGAUUCACCAAGAUCCACGAAAGGAGGCGAAGAACCGCGAGCUUUGGGGUCUCAUUGCUGAUGCUUGCCCCGACCGGCCACGAAGAAAGGUGGUUAACUACUGCAGGCAGCAAUUCCACAACUUCCCUGCCCGCGGUUCAUGGACCAAGGAGCAGGACGAGCAGCUGGAGAGCAUGCUCAAGAUCCACGGCCAAAAGUGGACGUUGAUCGGUGGUCUCAUCAAUCGCUUCGCGGACGAUGUUCGUGAUCGGUACAGAAACUAUCUGGCUUGCGGGGGCAAGAACAGAAAAGACUACUGGUCCGAAGACGAGGAGGAAAAAUUCCUCAAGGUGGUUGCCGAGGCCAUUGACAAGAUCAAAGCCAGCCAGGCCAAGGACAAGAAAAGGUCCGACGACGAAUCGCCAGAGAGCCUCAUCAACUGGCAGCAGAUCAGCACGGCCAUGAACCACACCCGGACUCGUCUUCAGUGUCUCCAAAAGUGGAAGACGCUGCGCAAGAACGAGGCUUUGCCCGAUAGCAUCAUGGUCAAACUUCCCGAUGGUGAAUCCUCUCGCCUGGACAAGGCUCGCAAGGACUUGCGCAAGAUCACACCCGAAGACAAGGCCCUUCUGGCGCGUGCCAUCCGCGAUUCUGGUGUCGACCGCGAGAAUAAGAUCAAGUGGAAGGAAAUCCAGAAGGACGUUUUCGACAAGCAGUACGCCAAGACUGCGCUGACAGUCACCUGGGGUCGUCUGAGACAAGCCGUGCCGCAAUGGGAAUCCAGAUCCACCCAAGAGUGCGCCAAAUAUCUCUGCGACAUGUACGAGCGCGACGCCGACUGGAAGGGCGACGAGGGAGUCGGCGGUGGUGACGAUGAUGCGGAAGAUGAUGCCGAUGCCGAUGCCAGAUCUACCGUCAGCAGACCUGCUUCCGUGGUGGUCUCGUCUACGCAGCAGACCAAGAUCUACCGCACGCCCAGAGUCGGCCUGUGGGAAACCCCAAAGGAAACCAAGUCCAAUCCCAGCCAUGUGUUUGCCGAAUCUUCAGACAAUGAGAUGCGUGGCCGGACUUCUCAGCGGGCGAGACAGCGCGCAAAGCGGUUGAAGGAGUCGGAGAAGGCGUCUUCCAAGUCAAAGAAGUCACACCUUUCGGAGGCUAUUGUCCAAGACGAGGAUUCCGAUGAGGAUGAGGUCGAAGAGAGCAUCAAUGGAGACAUCCCCGCCGUCGACGGCAAUGGCAACCAAGACUUUGACAUGGACGACGCUCCCGAUGUUGAUGACGAGGAAGAUGAGCCAGCACCAUCAGCGCCCGUCGUUCGCAGUCGAGCUGCUAGCGUCGACCUCGGUGAAUCCUCCUUCAUCUCAAGCCCGCAACUUCCCACCUCCGCCCAGAAACGUCAAGACUACUCCGACGACGAAGACGACGAGGAUAUCAUCGCCACCACAUCCAAAGCCGCCGCCCUCAAGGCAUCCAAAAAGGCCGCAGUCCGCACCUACGGCAAAUCUUCCAAGUCCACCAAAUCCAAGCGCAAAGAAAAGGAUCUCGACCUAGACGUCCCUCUCGUCCUCGGCGCUGCCGUCCCGAUUCCCUCCCUCCCGCCGCCGACAUCUACUUCUCUCUCCACAGCAAGUCAUAACCAUCCCCAGCUGAGCCCCAAACGUCCCGCCUCCGCCCGCCAUCCAUCUGUCACCAUCAACGAGAACGACGAAUCUGACCACUCCGAUGCCCUACCGCUAGUCAAAGUCAACAUAACAGAAAACGUCGCAUCCUCACGCGCCAGCCAUCUUAAGCGGCGCAAGCCGACUCCUCUCGGGAAUGGAGAAGCAGAUUCUUCGGAGUUAGCAGUUGGAGUCGCAUCGGCAGUACCAAAUCACUUACUCCAUGAGCUUGACUCAGAGCUGGUAGAGCUGGACGGUAACCUAGCCGACGACAGUCUGGUUUCCCUCGACAGACCGGGUGAUGUCGUUGGAGGCGUAGGUAGGGAGAAGAAGGUGGCUAGUAAGGCGAAGGAGGUGCGCAAGAAGCUGGCUGCGGCUUCUGCUUCUGCUUCUGCGGCUGGCUCCUUUGUGGAUGUGGAUGUGAGUCAGGUGGCGGAAAAGGUUGAUAAGGCGCAGGACAAGCUGAAUAGGGAAAAGGACUGGAAGGUGCAGCAAGACAUGGACACUGGUUCGAGAAGUUACAGUGUUAUUAGCAGUGAUAUGGAUGAUAUGGAGGAUAUCCCGGCUGUGUUGCCUGUUUUGGGAGGUACGCAGACGCAAGGUACGCAGCAGGGCUAG